GGCAAGCGGGCUUGGGCUUGCGGAACUGCGCGGCUGCAGAGGAGCCAGCGUGUGGCCGGACUGGUCCCGAGAGCAGGGAACGCUGGCGGCUGGCGGCAGACUAGGUCCCGGGCCUGCAGCGCGGGCGCUGAGCUGGCGGGGCGGGGCGGGCCUGGGCGCGGGCGGGCGGCUCCUCCGGUUGCAGGGUUAAUAACUAGUAUUUAUGUAGGACAGAAAAGAAGGAUGUCAUUCCGUAAAGUAAACAUCAUCAUCUUGUCGGCUGUUGUUUUCUUCUUACUGGUUUUGCACCAUAACUUCCUUGGCCUGAGCAGUUUGCUAAAGAAUGAGGUUUCAGAUUCAGCAAUUGUGGGGCUUCAGCCCAUAGACUUUAUCCCAAAUGCUCCCCGUCCUGUGGUAGACUGGAGACAAGAGGAGAUUCCUGUGGUUAUUGCUGCAUCUGAAGAUAGGCUCGGGGGGACCAUUGCAGCCAUAAACAGCAUUCAGCACAACACUCGCUGCAAUGUCAUUUUCUACAUUGUUACACUCAAUGGCACAGCAGACCAUCUCCGGUCUUGGCUCAGCAGCAGUACCCUGAAAAGCAUCAGGUAUAAAAUUGUGAUUUUUGACACUAAACUUUUGGAAGGGAAAGUAAAGGAGGAUCCUGACCAGGGGGAGUCCAUAAAACAUUAACCUUUGCAAGGUUCUACUUGCCUAUUCUGGUUCCCAGUGCAAAGAAAGCCAUAUAUAUGGAUGAUGACAUAAUUGUGCAAGGUGAUAUUCUUGCCCUCUACAAUACACCACUGAAGCCAGGACAUGCAGCUGCAUUUUCAGAAGAUUGUGAUUCAGCCUCUACUAAAGUUAUCAUCCGUGGAGCUGGAAACCAGUACAAUUAUAUUGGAUAUCUUGACUAUAAAAGGAAAGAAUUCGUAAGCUUUCUAUGAAAGCCAGCACCUGCUCAUUUAAUCCUGGAGUUUUUGUUGCAAACUUGACAGAAUGGAAAAGACAGAAUAUAACCAACCAGCUGGAAAAAUGGAUGAGACUCAAUGUAGAAGAGGGACUGUAUAGCAGAACACUUGCUGGCAGCAUCACAACACCCCCCCUGUUGAUCGUAUUUUAUCAACAGCAUUCCACCAUUGACCCAAUGUGGAAUGUCCGCCACCUUGGCUCCAGUGCUGGAAAACGAUAUUCACCCCCGUUUGUCAAAGCUGCCAAAUUACUCCAUUGGAAUGGACACUUUAAGCCAUGGGGAAGAACUGCUCAUAUACUGAUGUCUGGGAGAAAUGGUACAUUCCUGACCCAACAGGCAAGUUCAGCCUAAUCCGAAGACAUAUGGAAAUCUCAAAUAUAAAGUAAAAUAUAAUUUAUGCUAUAAGCCUUUCUCAGGAAAUCCUGGAAGAUAGUAUGUGUGGGAAGUAGCAAGUGUGGCACUUGCACCCAUGGAAAAAGGGACAUUUCAGCUGGGGUAAAGAGGACAAGUAGCACUGUCUGGCAGUCAGCUUCCAUGAUGGACUACAUGUGUCUCAAGUGGUUGCUUACCGUAGUACUGAAUGACCAGAGAUGGUGAACUGAUAAGGCUGGUACAGCUAGUUCAAUACUGCUGCUUGGUUUUAAGUUUGUAACCUGUGGCCUGAUCUAUAAAUAAAAUGAAACCUACAUUUCUCAAUAGGUACCU